UCACUCACCUCAUCUUCUCCGCUCAGCUCAGUUCAGUUUCAGAGCGAUUUCCCGAAACUCUGCCCUAAUUUUGACUGAUUGCUCUCGUCGAAUUACCAUUCCAAUUCCUCACCGUUUGCGGAAGCUUUUGAGGCAAUGAAGAAUCGGGGACCUAAAGAUGAGGAGCCCCAUGGUGGGAAGAACAAGGGCCGAUUCAGGGGCCCGACGGAGUCGAUGCACCAGAAGAAGAAGAACAUGAAGCGUUUGGGAGGCGGCGGUCUCUCACUCGAAGCCUUCGCCGGCAUGAAGUCCAAUAGUAAUCAGUACAACCCGGCUCUUAUCAAGAAGCAACGGGAAUUCUACAAAAAUGCCAAGUAUGUCAGCAAGUACAAGAAGUCACUAAAGCAAUUAAAUCAGCAGAACAAUCUGUCCAUGCCAAAGCCUAUUGAGGAUAAUAGAGCAGAUGGGGAUUUCAACUCUUCAGAAAACAAGGAAAAUGGUGAUAGCCGCAGGUCCAAUAAAAAGGACAGAAGGAAGGGUUCACAGAGUCUGAAGGAAUUGUACGAGAAGAAGCAGGAAGAGGAAGAGAAAGCUAGGAUGGAGAGGGAGGCAAUAGUUAAGGCGAAGAAAGAAGAGAGGGUGAAAGCCGAAGCUUGGAGGAAGGCCAAGAAAGAGAAGAUGUUGAAGAGGACUCGGAGGGGUCAGCCUGUUAUGAAGUACCGGAUUGAGCAUCUUUUGCAAACUGUUCAGGGCUCAACUAGAAAUUAAAAUAUCAGGUUGGAGGACAAAGAAGACAGCUUCCUCCUUCCCUAGGUUGAGAAUCUUUACUGUUAUAGGUCCGGCACUUUCCCAGUUGUAAUAAUCAACCAACGGUUUUGACAUUGUUCUUAUCUCCACCUUGUUAAUGAAAGGGUAUGCGAUUGAAAAAUGUGCUA